AUGAUCUCAUAUGCUCGCCGGCGGCUGGGGUUCUGUCGGUCGAUCGUUCAAUCGAGCUCCCGGCGGCACGGCGUUUCCCGUCCGUGUGAGCAGUGCUGCACCUCCGCAUCGUGUGUUGUUGCACGCUCGCCUUCCUUCUUGUUCCCAGUGGCGCGCGUCGGCUGCUUGCUUCUACGGUGAUACAUCGGGAAAGCAGCUGGACGCGCGCGCACGGCGCCCCAUGGUGAACGUCGCGAGCUUCGUCGUCUCUCUUCUUCGUCCCGACCUCCGGAGCGCAUCGUCGUGGUGAAAACGUUGCGACCGUCGACCAUGACUCGUCCACGUUUCAGCGCCGCUGGUCGCGGCGACGCCAGCACGACGACGGCCACAACAGCGGAAAGCGCGUCGGACGCCGUAAACACAACAUCGUCCCGCCGCCGCAACUUCCCCGUGCACCUCCGCGACCAGCCGCAAUCCUUCGCUCGUGCACGCAUCGCAGUGACUCCCAAGCCGACGUUACGGACUACAUGUGGUCGUCUUCGCCACUCGUCGUACCUCUGAGUGUUGUUUUCGUGUUUUGUGUGCACCCGCCUGCUGCUUCGCGAAAGACACGUUUCCUCUUUCCUUCCUCGGCAUCUCGUGUCCCCGCGAGUCGCGGCGUUUUGCCGCCGGGCCCUCGCCGUCUUCGCGUCGCCUUCGGACAAAAUACUAUGGCCGCUGUGCUUAAACGACAACGUUCGAGGCGCCGUUUGGCCGCUCUGACCUUCCUCUCCAACAUAUCGCUGGACGGCACGCACCGUGAUACGAAGUUGGGCAUCUUCAACCGUGCCGGCGGUGGCGCGCAGUCUUGCGACCUCGUCGUAGACGUUGACCGAGCUGCUAGCGUCGCGUCCUCCUCGGACGUGUACGGCCCGGUAAAGGCAUCGGAGGCCCGCGAGGAAGACGACGAACUUUGCAGCUCGCCGCCGUUGGCGAAGUACGGCACCGCCGACGCGACCACGGGCAAGGCGAGCAGCGAGGAAAAACUGGCCUACUGCGGCAGCUGCAGUCCGAAGGAGCGCGAUAGGGUGCACAGCUUUGCCUCCGAGACCCGCAUCCGCCUACCGUCGGUGAGCGGCGGUGGCGCGCCGAGCGCCAAGCGGAGGCCCCAGCCCCCUAGCGGCGGCCGCCAGCAGCAGUACGCCUCCUCUCGGAACCAGACUUCUUCCGGUUCUUCUCAUCAAGUUCGAGGCAGCCUCGAGAGCCUCGGUAGCGGGGCGGCGCCGGUGUCAUCCAGUCGCAGCCGCCAGACGUCGGGCAGCUUCUCGGACAGUUCCCAUUCUUCCUUCGAGCAGAAGGUCAUCGCCAAGAGCAACAGCCGGGACCAACCCGUGCGGGAUGAGAGGGUGUACAUGGUCAGCGCCAAGAGAGCUCCGGUCGUCGUCUUCUCGGCACUCUCCUACAACCGACGGAGUCUGCGCAGCAGCGCCAAACCCGAGACAAAGGCAGACUCCUCGCGCCGACGUCACACGUCCGGGGCCCGCCCGCUGCUGCCCCUCAACGAUGGCAGUGACACGAUGGACAUGCUGUCGCUGCUUGGCAUUCAUCGACCUGAAGAAGGACAGUAUCUGUCCUUUGGUCCUUACCUGGUGUCCUCGCGCCAGAACCACAUGUCGACCAUUCAGUUCCGUUGGUCGAAAUCUCACGACCCCGAUGCCAGUCACCACACCCACUGUCAGUAUGUGAAUCGUUGCAUAUCUCACGAUGGGGGAACGUCAGCCACUACACCUCCAAGUGCCAACAGCCUGGAUAAAAGUUUCGAGUGGAAUAGCAAGGAGGACGGGAGCCUUCUUCCGUGUUGUGGGUCAUCCGCGCCGUACAGCCCAGACCUCCUUGACAACCCAGAGCUGAUAGCGGGAAAGCACAGUACCAUGCUCAGCUUCCCUUCAUACAUUACAUCCAUUAUUGACUACGUGAAGCCGUCGGUGAAGAAAGAGCUAAACGACAAGUUUCGUAGCAAGUUCCCACACAUCCAGCUCACCCUAAGCAAACUGAGAAGCCUGAAGCGAGAAAUGUGUAAAAUCGCCUGUGGAGAGUGCGGAAUCGACUUGUUAACAGUGGCCCAAGCUUAUGUGUUCUUUGAGAAACUCAUCCUUAAGCUGCUGAUUCACAAGCACAACCGCAAGUUGUGUGCAGGAGCAUGCCUCAUGCUGUCGGCCAAGCUUAACGACGUCAAAGGCAACGAAAUGCGCACCCUCAUAGAGAAACUCGAGUGCGGCUUCCGGCUGAACCGAAAGGAGCUGCUCGAUUUCGAGUUUGGUGUUCUGGUGGCCCUGGAGUUUUCGUUGCACCUCCCCACGUGGCAGAUAUACCCGCACUACCAACGUCUUCUGUACGAGUCUUGAGACAAGCUCACGACGGAGCACGGUGUAAGGAAUGAACCGUGUGCCGGUGCCCGUCUUCAUUCUUAUCGUCUGGUAUUCUCGCCAGCUUUCACCAGACCCUGUUGACAGCCUCGUGUUGUGCAAUGAGUGUACGAAGCACCUAACUUAAUUAUGGCUUCCGUGGGACGCUGGAUGGAGGAACAAUUUUUGGCUCGCUUGAACACACUUCCAGCUGUGUUGCAAGCAGUGUCUUUUGCAGCUGUGGUCGUCUGCAUUGUUGAUGUACCUCUGCUACUGUCAUGUGCUGCUCGAUGAUCGAUGGUUAGGUACAGCGCAAAGAGAAAAAAGAGGACUGAGAUGAAUCUGCAAGCUUUGCGGGUGUCUGCAACCACGUAGUGGCAACUGUCAGGUCAUCUGCAACAUUUCCCACAGUGUCGUCUGCAAUGUUGCUUGCAGUGGCAGCUGCAAUGUCGUCUGUAACUUUCAGAGUGACAUCUGCAACGUCAUAUGCAGCACCGUCUGCAACAAUGCCUGGCAGGCCAUCUGUAACACUCGCUCCACUGUGUGUGUACACAUUGCGUGCAUCUUCCACACAUGGGACUACUCUUGGAAUCGCCAGUUGUGUGCACCACACAAUUUUAGGUCAUGCUGUGAAGAUGCCCGGGCCAUGCAGGUGCAUUCUUUCUCCAACUCGGCUACUACGUCGCUGCCAAGUGAUCCACAGAGCUACACACUACUAACUGCAUACAAAUUCAGCUGAUGUAUCACCAGCUGGGCUCUUCCAAGCCGACGUUUGUGCACUGCAGCGCGUAUUCAGUUUUUGGUCGGCUGUAGCGUAAAAAAAGAGCUUUCCAUUUUAUUUUGUGUCAACAUAUCAUUUUUCCUGGUAAGCCAUGUGCUAUGGAUUCUUUCUAGUGUUUGCUUGAAAUGGUGCCAAGAAACACCAGCGUCUCUUUUGUUCUUUUUUUUUCUAUAACUUUGUUUGUCUUGAAAGAGCGAGCACAAGAAUUUAUGGAGUGUUCUCAGACUGACAAAGCAGUGCUGUCAGUAAGAAUAAGUUACUAACCUUAAUUAACCAAAUGUUAACAGUUGCUUUGCUGGGAAGCAUUAAAGUCAAACCUCAUAACCGCGAAAAUGCUCGCGACAGCGACAAGCAACGCGACGUAGAUUGCCUUCGCUUGAACAAUCGCUAGCGCAGGCAAACCUCAUUCACGCGACGGCCGAGCGAACUCCACCAUUGUUUGCAUGAGGCCGUCUACUCGUACCAAGAAAACCGCGUAGUGAGCGGUAUGCAAUUUAAAAUUAAGAUGUAUUUUUGUGUACUGGAACGGAAAGUGUUUAUUACUGCCUUGCAGCACUUUUUUUUAUGUGCUAGUGCAUAAACAUUGUUAUUUCUUCGUUGUGCACGCGUGACUCGGGCGGACAGGUGAGUGAGAGGAGGUGGCAAUUUCGUGGCACAUGAAUAGAACCGGCAGUACGUCAUUCAUGUACAUCCUGUUCCGGUGCUUUCAGCACAGCACUUCCGGGCGAUGGGUUCCGAAUCUGGAGAAUUGAGCGAUUGUGCGAAAACUACCACGCGACACGUCGCGCGAACGCCCUGUUUCAUCGCUUAUAGCAUCGCUCAUCGCUGUCCCAGGCAUUUUUGCGUUUAUGAGGUUUAGCCUUGAUGUGUAGAACAUUUUUGUGAUAAUUUGUUGCACUCAAAAAUCACUCGUAUGUCCCACCACUAGUCUGGCUGUAGAGUAUUUCAGCUAAAUUGACCAUACUGAUUAUCAAAACUUAUCUGCCCAAGAAAAACCAGCUCAAGUUGCAAUAAAUUUUAAACAAAGAAGCUGGUAACCUCAUAGGAAAGAAAUGUAACAUCACAAUGUGCAACAGUUGUUUGGGCUUCUUAAUUUGUAUGUUUAAGGAUUCCUUUGCAAAACUAGCAAAGUUCAUCAUACGAGCUGAAGUCUCUGAUGAAAACUCAUGGUGGUGCGAUUAGAGCUUAAUUACGGCGUAGGUAGACUGCUCCAACGGCAUAUAGUACGACUUUGUGAAGUCACGGUCAGAUUUAAGCUGUGUUGAAAGGCUUAUGAAGUAGUUAGAAGAAAACAGAAAAAAAAUCAAAAAAGGAAAUCCAGGUAUGGUUGUGGCUUUGUGCCUAACAUCUUGUUUGCAAGGUGAACGGUUGUGAUGGUGUCUUAGUCAUGUGUCUUUGGUGCAUCGAAGAGAUCUGCCGAAAGCAAAUAGUACCUUCAUUUUACCGACAUCUUUUUUUACCUUUGUUACUUUGUUACUGAUGUCCUUAUUUAUUUUAGAAGCGGUGGUGCUUAUUGUUUUUUGUUUUUUUCCUCAUUGAUGCAACACUCAUCUAUAAUGUAGUUUUUAGGCAUAAAUUUCGGUGACAUUAAAAAAUAGUCAUAUUUCAAUUAUGCAUUAGCAUCUAUUGAAAAAAGAACAUGUUAUUGUAUCCUUUCAUGGUGAAUCUGUAUAUUUCUUUAAUGGUGAUGUGAAACUGCUCCAUUUCGAAUUCAAGUUGCAGUAUCUACUAGAAGCUGGUUAUCUAUCUAUACAUACAUUCACUUACAUUCAUAUUAGCACUACCAUGUUCAUGUUGCCACAUAGCAGUGGUAUGCAUAGACUGCCAGUCCCUAUUUUGAUAUGCAAAGAAAUAGUGAUAAAUUUGGAAGAUCAAACAAGCAUGAAAUCAUUAUAUUUGUUUCGGAGCAUUAAAGUUUUAUGAGAGCAUGUGCAGAUAUUUAUUAAGGUUAAGCAGGACCCAUGUUGCAUGACACAAUGCCUGACGUGAUGGUACAUAAUGAUGCCACGUCGUACGAGCAUGAAAUAUGGCAAUUCCAGUAGCUGGGAAAAUGAGCCAGUGGAAAAACUGUUGACUGUGGCUGUCGGUGCAUGAAACUGUACACCAGAUCAUAAGCCAGACUGUGCUGGUACCCCAGUUUUAACUUGCAUUACAGGAACUGAAGAUACUUUCAUUGCAAGGACUCAUGUCCAAUACUAUUGUAUUAUAUAGUAUUGUAUUGUAUACUAUUAUGUUGUAUAAUACUAUUGCAACACUAAUAAUUUCUGAUCACUUGUGGGGCUGACUGGCUUCUUUUGUAGACAAGCUGAACGUGGCAUCGUGCAAGCCAAGCAAUGAAGCACGAAAAAGAUGGAAAGACGUGAGAAUUUCUCCCAACUGGGCCCUGUUUGAUAUGAAAGUGCCGCUGCGCUACAAGGUUAGGAUUAAGUGAAAACAGGAAAAAAAAAGGCUUACAGCUUAGAGAUUCGGUUCAAAUUUAGCCGCCUGAGUGUUUGACACCGGUUUAGGUUACUUGCUAAUGCCAGGCUUCGGAGCCACUUUGUGCGGAGAAACUUGUCACCUGUGCUGAGCCACAUGGCUGUUUCAGUUGGGAGUGAAGGCCUUUUUCUGUUUAUUCAUAUUUGUAGAUGUUUUGUAUCAGUGGUUCUGCACAGACAAAAUUUUCGGACCUCAUGAAAGUGUUACCUAACAUCUUUUUAUGUUGUACAAGCAAGCAUCUUAGUCUUUUCCCUCGUAAAAUGUAAAAGCUGGCUCAGUAGUUGAAUUGCACAAGAAGUAGACGGCUCAUCACUUUUUCAUCACCAGCGGUGAAAAUCCUACCAUCUUUUCCUUUCCUCCACCAUCAUUAUCAUCAACACCUGCAAACACAACAUUAGUAGUGUUGUAACGUAUGUGUUUGAAUAAUGAUGAUAGUGUAAGACAGGACUGCAGAAGUAAUGGUGGAGUAAUGUACAAACAGAAACAGCCUCAGGAUCAGUACGUUAUAUAAAUGCAGUUAUGCACUUGUUAGUGGAUGUGAAGCUGGUAGCUGUGAUUUUUGUUGCUUUGCGUUUCACGUGUGUGUAAUUUGCAGCAUGUUAUGUUCUUUUAUCUCGCUCGUGCAUCUUCCAUAGCUAUCUUCUUGCCCAAACUACACUGUGUUCGUGUCGUAUUGUUCUCAAAUUCAGGCAUGGUGUGUUGACAGUUUACUCAUUGACGUUUUGUUAAAAUGUAUCUUCAGUCAGUUUUUUUCCUCCUCUGCUCUUGGAAGCAUCGUGACUGUUUAUUGAUGUCGAACUUUUAUUCUCAUUUACUUAAGUAAUCAUUGCCAUCCACUACGCUAAUUAACAGUACGGCAAGCGCAUCAGGAUGUUGUUGAUAUCUUCGUCGUUCAGGCGACUUCCCUGUGUAAGCAGUUGUGCUUAACAUGAAAAUAUGUAAUUUAGAGUUCACCAUUACUUAUUCUGUCGCAAGGCAAAUUGUAUGAUAUCAUUGAAUGAUUUCAAUGCGCUCAAUCGAUAAUCUACAAACCUACUAAUUGUAUGAAUUGAUAAAAUAUGCAUCAACACAACUGGAAAGCUGAUUGAAAUCAGUUUCUCACGGCGUGUGGAACAAGUUGUGCCGGUGAAUUGCAUGUGUAUCUUAAUAAUGCACACAACUUAUCGCACUAAAGAAGGGCUGCAUCACGUUGUUAUUGCAAAAGUGCGUGUUUCUUGCAGGCCGCAUUGUAAUUGAGUCGACUGUUCAGUUGAAAGAAAUCUUUACGUGCUACAGCAUUUAAUUAAGGUCAUUUCACUGCUCCUGGUGCCUGGAAUAUUGCGGCCUAAAUUGUAGAGCUGGCCACGGAUAUCCACGUGACACGGAUGCAAUGUGAAAUAUAAGUUUCUGCUCCUGUUAAGUCGUGAAACAUAUAAAUUAACAAGCCACUUUGUAAAUAUUUAAUAUUUGUACGUGCAAACAUUGGAUAGGAGGCUAUGUGCCCAGGCUUUACACGAACGAAAUGCUUCUGCAAAUACAAGUGCCCCGUGAACAUUUGUGCCUGACUGUUUGCACGAAUCUACGCAGCAGGUACACCAGCAAAAAAAAGCACGCAUUGUAGUCGCUUGUCAUUUCAGUUAAUACAAUAUUUAUGUUGUGAAAGCAGGACAUCAUUAUCAUAAUCAUUUGACCAACACUGUGUUGUACUUUCUUCAAUAUCAUACCAUUAAGAAAGCAUUACGUGUAGUGUAGUUAAACUAUUUAUGGCUUACCAAGAAUAUGCGAUUAAAGUGGCAACUUCCUAUUUAUUUUGUACUGUAAAAUUUUGACACAUUUGUACUAGUAAAUACAUAGUCAAGUGCUCUUUCUCGUGGAGGUGUCGUAUGUUACGCAAAACAACCGCUGCAUUAAUGGCAUUACGUGUGUGCAAUCAAUAUAUGUACCAAGCUUGUGUAUUAUCGCGUAUGUCCAUUUUUCAUUGUAUUUAUAUGCAUUAGUAAGGACAAGAAAUUGGAUCGUGAUGCAUCUUCAUAUGUGUGGCAUUUCCUAGAGUGUGGUCUUUGAAAUUUGAGUUGUUCUGCAAUAGAGCUUAUGUAGAGAGCAAUUGUGAGAGGGGACGUCAUAUUCAUUUUUGAGCAAUGGUCACUUUUGUUCCAUUAACUUAAUCUGACGUGUCAGUGGAGUAUGAUAAGUGGCUCUCCUGUUAAUCGUUUGGUCUAGUUGAGUGUUUUGGUGCUAGGCAGGAUUUACCCACUGUGACUGUUUAUGUGAGUGCUUUCAUAUUGCUUUAAAGAAUAUGUGCAUAUUAAGUGCUUAAUCAGUCCGUUAUUUUCAUUAACAAUGCAACAUUAACCAUCCCCUUAAAUUACUAUAUAAAUAACUCUACGUUCUCAUAUGUCAUUUGUGCAAGCUGUUCAAGAAAACCAUCUUUGUAAGCUACUUUAAAAAAUAAUUUCUGAAGUUUGAAAGAGUUUCGGAAAUAGUUGAACAUAGUUUUUUCGUCGUCAUGAUUCACUGAGCUGUACAGAUUAGUCGGUUGUUUCAGUACCUGGGUAUUCUUACGGCAAUUGUUCUAGGCACUGUUGCACGCAAUUUAUUUGUUGUUCGUGCAUGCAAAGGGACGUGCCCUGAAAGAGGGAGCCGGUUGUUCAGAAAAAGUAAUUUGGCGCAUCAUUUUCCCGACCAUCAUGGACGAGAAAUUCUACUUAUAUGCUCUAAGGAGCUUAUGACUUAUGUUCAUGUGCUUUCUGUCACUACAGAAAGCACCAAAACGUCCCCAUGAUGAUUGACAGCUGCGCGCAUUUCCCAAGCUGGCUAGUAUCAAGUAGACAUGUCUGUUCUUGCUGCUGAGAAAUCUAUUGCAAUUUAAACCACUUCUCCAGGUUUCAUAGAAUGCGGGAUAGUUCAAUGACCUGCAAUAGAUGUAAGCUCGAACCUCAGUAACAGAAUUGCAUCUUACACAAAAAUAACUUCGUUGUAUCCGAAAAUUUGUUAUAUAGGUAAUUACUGACACUAUAGCUAUAGCAAGACUAUUUUUCACUUACUUUGUUAUAAACAAUAUUUUGUUAUACAGUCAAUUUCAAAAAAAAGAAGAAGUAAGAGGCUGAAUUUGUUCAAUUACUAUCUUUUUCAACUAGCAGUGCCCCCCUGCAAUGAGAGUAACCCGAUCUCUGCAUUUAGUCGCUGGAAAUGAUGCAUAGUGGCACUGAGCAAUCAACCGAUCAACUUAAAACAAUGCUGGUGUUGAUGCCAAUUAGGUUGUCUUGCUAGUUGAUUGCUCAUUAUCUCAUUUUUGUACCAGCAUGAACUGAUUAUAUGCCAAGUCCAUUAGCAGUAGAUGGUAUGUAGGUCCCUAUUUCGCAUCCCGAAGCACCGUCAUGCCCUUCUAGCCACACGUCACUCGUGCCCAAUGCAGAAUAAACUGCACUCAAAGCCUUAGGAACCGCAUCAUUGUUGCAGCAGCGUUAACUGUUCUGAAGUUUGUUGCUUUGCAAAGCCAUGCUGGUAGCGCGGUAACGUCACUUCAAGUGUAGACUUGUCAUGUGCGGCCAUUAACUUGGCCAUGUGUGCCUGCAGGAGUGCUCCAACUGAUCGAGUUUGUGCGUGAUGAACAAUAUUGAAAGAGUCUGUUUGCCAAGUGCACAUCUGCAUGCUCAUCAUCCUAAGCUUUGUAUUUAAACAGUACCUGUAAAUGCUUAUCAUAUGCUUAUCUACUGUUUCUUUUUCUUUUGCGAGUAAUACAGUCCAAUUUCGGUUGGCACAUUUGAGUAUUGUGUAUUGGUGUAUGGCAUGACCCGUUAGAAUGCAUGCCCAUCCAGCAUCGCUUAUGAAAGCUGUGUUACUGAUAGCAUUAGAUCAAGCUCUGAAGGUUGUUGUACCGGGCAAUGUCAACAGAGCCCCAAAAAAUCGUUUGUAGGGAUUUCCAGACAGGUGAGGGUGGUGCAACAGGCACCCGAGAUCUUAGUGCAUAGGAGGAUUUAUCAUUCUGCAUCACUUCUGUGUAAUCAAUUUUGAUUCAGCCAGUGACGUCAAUAACAACUUGUACUAAACGCGUGUCUCAGAGUGCUUAAAGGUUCAGUUCAAUGUUCCCAUCCACAAAGCUGGCUUGAAUUGACUGAAAUGUCGUUUGGCAGACUUGUCACGGCAGCUAACAUGUAACUCCCUCUGUUCUCUUUCUGUCAUUUCCUGCUAGAUAAGAAUUUAUACUAGAACUAUCCACACAUGUGAUGUCAAGGUUUGAGUAGCGAAUCAUUUCAAUCCAUUUCAAAAAACAAGAAGGAAGACGAGGCUGAAGCUGUUUUUCAGACUACUAAUCUUUUUGAACUAGCACUGUCUCCUAUGACGUCUUGAACAACAAGGGUAAAGUUUUCCCUGUAGCUGUGGUGGUUGCUAGCUAUUAACGCACAGCAAAGGAGCCUCAGUGAAGUAAUUCAAGCAUCCAUGCGCCUAACAGAAUGACACUUGUGUCUGGCACUGCAUUAUAAAGAGCAUGAGCAAUUUCAAAUGCCUCGUGUUCUUUUCGACGCAAAGUUCGUAUGGCAGAAGAGACAAAUGACAGCAGUGGGAGACGCAAAGGGUAGUUACAUACACAAAGCUCAAGUGGCUCAGUGCUCAGCAGUGGAAGUAGCUGGAGCCUGUCUGCUCAUGAAGGAACAUGUCUCAUAUAAAAACAUGUUUUGUGUGUCGUUGAAAUGUCUCGUGUGCACAGUGAAGUUCUGCGCAAGAAAAGAGAAAGAAGUUGCCGCAUUAUGUUCAAGUGGUCUCGGUAAUGCACACGGCAUUGUUGCUGUGCACAUAGUCAGUGGAGGAAAGGGAAAGCGAACAGACGACACGAACUUGCGUCGGUCUUCCCUAGACAGUGCCACUUGCCUGUAGGUGCCACAAUAUUGCGCCAUCUGUUACAGCCUCAGGAGUGCAUUGUGAAAUUUGCACACAGUACAGAAAGAACCAAAUAGUGUGCAGUCUAGAUGGGCUACAAGGUGUUCACCUUAGACUUAGCUGAAACUAUAUUUAUGUUUUUCCGUGCAGUCUAGAUGUCUAAGAUGAGGUGCAACAAAUGUAAAAUAUGCAAGAAACGAAAAGCUGGCAUGGCCCAUCAUACUUGCAUCCCUUCAGAGUGACUGAACUUGUGCAUAAUCGGGCAAUUUCGGAACAUUGAAAUAGAUGAGCGUUGCGUGUUGGUGGUACUUUAAUACUGAAACUUACUUCUGCAUAGAUCUCAGAAUUUCAUACUUAAAACUUUUUGACUUAAUGUCCAAGGGAGUCAGUGAGAUUUUAGACAAGGUGCUAGCAUAUUAGUAUAGGUUCAACUUGCAAGCUCUCUUUUAGGCCAAGUGAUAGUCUUGCUUUUUUCACUAACUUGCACAGGCGUAGAAAAUGACCACACAGAGUGCUUGUCUUUGCGCUUGGUUUGAUAUUGUAGAAAGAGAACUUAUUUUGCUUUGCUAUAAUUUUCAAUCAUUUUUCAACUAAUGCUGGUAAAAAGGGAGAGAAAUAUCUUUUAAAGGGAACAAUUUUAAUUACACGCAAAGGGUUUGCUGAAGAAUGAGUGUGCACUAACAACUCGUGUGGUGUUUGCAAGACAAAUGACUCGUGCGGUCAUGGCUAGCGUUGCCAGGAAUCCUUUGUAUAUGAAAGAUAAGAUGGGUAGCAGAUCUCCAACGCACCACCUGCUUGGAGCAACAGGAAAGAUAUGGUGUUUGAUCCUAUCAAUAUGUAAGCGUGCAACUCAGUUGGCUUUAACUAAUUUAGUGAUAGAGAAAUAGAAAAACUAAAUUUUCUUCCUGUGAGGCUGUGAAAGACAGGCUAUGGGAAAUGCUACAUUGGCCCAAUUUCGAGAUGUAUAAUAUGGUGCAGUGAAAUUGAAGCUAUUAGAUCAAUCUACUGUCAAAUAAGCAGUAUGUGUGGUUCAUGUGCAUUUAAGGUCGUUUCCACACUCUUGCACAGGCCUGUUGACUGCUACGUGUGUGCGUGCAGCCCACACGCCGUUUUCUGUUUAACAACUUUUUCAUACAAAAGUGCUAAAAUGCAUGCUGCAAUAGCCAGAUGUUUGGCAAUAACACUCCAGCCUCAUUAUAACAAAGUUGCACUUCACAAAAAAUAGGUCCGUUAUAUCUGAAAUUUCAUUACAAACAUGUAUUUUUAGCACUGUAUCUAUGGCAAAACUGUUGUCCAAUCACUUCGUUAUAACCAAUAUUUUGUUAUAUCUGGGUUCAUUAUAUCGAGGUUUGAGUGUACACCAUAAGAGAUGUAGAGAGAGGUCAGAUUAGUUGGUAGUAGUAGUACCACUCAAGAAUGUAACUGACAUUAUAACGGAUGGUGACGGUACGUCAAAACCACGGCUCAAAUCUCUUUUACAAUAUACAGCCACAGUCUGAAAUGGUAUGUUAUUUUUUUUCAUUUCUUUUUUUAAUGCAUGCUGCAUCAUAUGCUUUUGUGAACUUCACUGGUGUUAGCCUGUAACACGCCUGACUUAAGUCUGUUUACAUACUUCCAUGUUGCUAUUAGUAAUUCGCAGCUUUACAUCUUUAUCCAGCUUGUUAACAGGAAGACAACUGUGAAAAAGUGGUGCACGCUCAUUUAUGACCCCGUGCUUCCCGACUGGUGGCAUCGCUGACGAAGUAAAAUUGUAGCAAGUGCAAGUACAAUGCUAAUUUCCAUACAAGGGCCAAGAGCCUGCCAUCCUCCUAGUACUUCUGUAGACUCGCGUAAAACAUUCUGUAUGCAAUUCUAUGCAAUGUCAACUGCAUCGCCAAAGUAAUGUACAUAUUUUAUUGGACAUGGAGUCAGUGAAAGAAUCUAUGGACUGCAGAAUUGGGGAUGAAAAAACAUUUUUAGAACAUUUUCACUGCCUCAGCAAGCAGUUUGGUGUUGAGAUCUGUACAGUCUUCAUCAUUAUAUUAAAAAAAAGCAUGGCACUGUAUGUUGAGGCCACGAAAAGCUCAGAAGUCAAACCUGUUUCUCUGAUCCUCUGGUCUGCACGUGUACAGAACAUGCGCAGAGCAUAGCACGUGCAUGCCAAGACCAAUCAGGGACAAUAAAGCUAAUGAAAUUUAAGAUAAGUCACAAUGGCACAAGUAAAGCCUCAAUUUUUGCGUCUUCAGAAUGCAGGUGUAGUUUGCUAGCUCUUCUACGUGUAGACGAUGGGCAAUGAAGGAAGUCUUCGUUGCCGGCACAAGUCAGUGAAAAACUUUUGUCCACCUAAUUAAUUGGCAUAAUCACUCAGUUAUCCAAUCAACUGGGGAUACAGGCACGAGAAAACAUAGCAGAUUCCACCUCUCUGACCACAGGAAAGUAAUCCAAGCCCAUAAUGUUAACGAGGCAGUGGCUAAACCACAUUGUAUGCUUUAAGCAGCUAUGAAUGAAAAGGGACACAUGGGAAAUGAACAUUACACGCAUUGCUAAUGGAACUUCAGUUCAGACGUUUAAUCAAGUGACACCCUCACACCUAACACUGUACUAGAAAUAUAACAGAUAAAGACAUACUUCUUACUUUGUCAUCAGCUGUGAGCAGUAUUUCAUGCACAUACUGUUAUGGACAAACGAAAUACAGACAAUGCCCAAUAUACUUCACGAGUUAAAAGGGCUAUUAGUUAACACACUUGAUUAGCUGUUUGUGUUAAGUAUAUAUUAUCCUUUGCUGCAGAUGCAAAGCUGCGACCUUUGUACAAAGCCCAUGUCUUUGAAAAACGCUUAUUUUUUUUUGUUAUGUUUGAAAUGUUCGAUUUGUGGCUUUGUCUGUCCACAACAGUACUGGCCUUAGAAAAAAAAAAGAACUCUGUGGACUGCAUCUUUCGUCUUCAAUUGCAGACUCUCAUACGCACUUUCACUGUACUAUCUCUGUGUUUGAGGAAAUGUAUAUACGGUGUGUUUCAUAAUGGGUUAUGCAAGCUUUCUUAGAAAAUGCCUAGACAGCCCCAUUUCCAGUCUCUUUGUUGGACUGCUCGAUGAGGCGGACAUUGUUUGCGUAAAAAGUAGCAAUGUGCAUCUUGUGAAAUUUCACCAAUCAACUUUUUGUAAUCAUUUUUGCGUACUUAUAUUAAUUUACUGAUCGAAGUCUGAUUUCUGAGUCCACAUACAUUUGAGACAUUCAAUUUUGCAUCAAUGUUGAGAUAUGCAUUUUCAUACUUACAAUAAAAGUCUGUGUUCAUUUGAAUAAACUGCUUUUUAUGAAUUGUAAGACAAAACAAAAUAACCGAGUCACCAGUACAUUUCUCAGUGCAGCUUUGAAAUGCGCAUGUGAGAACUGUCGUUACUCUGAAUUUUUUUAAAGUUGGUAUGCUUUAUAAAUGCAGUGCCAUCAAUCUGUAUGGAAUGGCCCAUAUUGUAACGUAUUUUAAUAUGCGCCUUAAAGAAAUAUUUUUUAUAGUUGACAUUUGAAAAAUUUUGUAAUUAUUAAUUGUGCAUUCUGGUUUAUUCCGCAAGUGGUGUCCCUCUCUUCGAGCAAUCGAGGUCAAUGAUUAACGACCUGCAGUUCUGUGUGACUCUUUCUGAAACAUAUGGUAUAGUCGCCUAAGCUUUUGUCCUCUGCAGAAACGACGGCCAUGUUUGCGGAAGAGUGUGUGUUGUGAAAGGGGAAGUAUAUUUUGUGAAGAGCAUUACAAAAGAAAACUGUACCUUUAUUGUUGGGCAUACAUACAUAUAUGGCAGUUACCGCAUGUCGCUUCGAGAAUGUGCAUAUACCAUUUAUGCAUCGGACAUAUUUUUUUUCCCCGAUGUACAUGUUGUUAUUAACCUGUCUAUUAUACAUGAUAAAAGGCAUAUUGUAAAAUCGA